CGUUCGGAAGUUUAGUAUCUUUGCCUGUUUGCCAUUCUGCAUACUGUGCUCCGUGCGACGCGUUCUUUUCUCUUUUACCGAUUUCUUGACAGCUAAAUUAUUCGGCAAAUCGGCCAGAUAUCUCACAGGAACCGCAACACUUUCGGAAUUCGGUGACGACGAUCGAAUAAUUGAAUAAUUCAGGCAUCACUGAAAUGCCUACGGAAUAUGUUCAUUUGGCCUAAAGCGAAAUGGGAUUUGUGAUCAUUAGUUAGGGUAGUUUAAUUCGGGGCAGUUUUGACAUAACCUUAAAUGUGCAUGUGACGUUGACAGUGCUUUGCUGACUAUUAUUAGUUUGAUUGAAUAUAAUUAUAAAUAUUUUUGAUAUUUUUACCAUGCGCUUCUGACUGUUUUUAAACAAUUGUGUCAUUCAAGCGCAGAUCGCCGUUAUAAACGAAAAGAAACACAGACACUUUCUUUUCUCUCUCGAUGCAAAAAGUGUAACACGAAUACCUUUUUACUUGUAUACAUUUACAAAUUUAAGUUAAAAGUUUUAUGAAAUGGCGUUGAAAAAUGGAAAUUGCAUGGUUGGACAGAACGGUGGUUGUGACAAAUUACAACGAAGACGAAUGACUUGGCCUGAGAGUAUCCUAGAUAUCGUUGUUUUCCUUAUCGUUUCCAUAGGAAUUAUAAUUAAGUCAUUCUACCAUGCGAUAGUUGGAAAAACGGAAAAGUCUUUGCAUGGCGAGAUUGCUGUGGUCACGGGAGGCGGCGGAGGCCUCGGAAGGCUACUUGCUGAACGUCUCGCACGACUUGGGGCUAUUGUCGUUCUUUGGGACAUUAACAAAGAAGUAAUGGAAGAGACGGCUCGGCAGAUAUCGGAGGAUUAUCCUUUACCAGCAAAUAGACAAAAUAUCAACAAUACUGCAGUCAGGUGUAAGGGCUACGUUGUGGACAUAUCCAAUCGGAAUGACGUAUAUCGAGCUGCUGAUCUUGUUCGGCAAGAAGUCGGAGAGGUGACAAUGUUGUUCAACAACGCCGGUGUUGUUUCCGGACGAAGUUUACUGGACACUCCGGAUCAUCUCAUCGAGCGCACUUUCAAUGUUAAUGUCAUUGCACACUUUUGGACAACGAAAGCAUUCCUCCCAACUAUGAUUGCACGUAACCAUGGUCACAUUGUAACCGUAGCAUCUUUGGCUGGGCACGUGGGCAUUUCGAAGUUGGUCGACUAUUGUUCGAGCAAAUACGCAGCCGUAGGCUUCGACGAAGCGCUACGAAUGGAAUUGGAAGGCAGAGGAUCUUUUGGUGUUAAAACCACUGUUAUAUGCCCAUAUUUCAUUAGAUCUACAGGAAUGUUUGAUGACGUCAACAGCCGGUUUGUUCCUAAGCUGAAUGGAAGUGAUGUAGCUGAUAGUAUUAUCCACGCCGUAAGGACUGAUGAAUAUUUUCUCAUUAUGCCUGGGUAUUUCAGAAUACUCAUGAUUAUGCGAUGGAUUUUCCCGUGGUCUUGCAGCGCAGGAUUUUUACGUCGUCUGGUAGUCGAUGCAGCUCCUACAGUACCUGCCUGUAAUCUGAAUAAUAAUACUCAAAAGCUAAAGGCUUGAUCUUAACACAUUUUCUUUAAUUGUGAUCUUUCUUUGCACCAAAUUUUCCGGAGUCAACAUGAUCUGAGUUUCUCUAGUGAAGUACAUAUAGACCAAAAUUGGCGGCUCCCAAUUGAUUCAACUAAUAGUGUACGAUUUGGUAAAUUUGGAAUUCUACUAUUUUCUAAAACUCGGUAUGGACUUUCUGAAUUACAUGACAUUAUUUAGUGAUACAAGUAAGUUAUUUUUUAUGGUAAUCAAAAUGUUGUCUGGUAAAUCAAUUGUUGUUUAAUUUACGAUUUAUGAAAUGUCUUGUCACGAUGUAUCCAGACAUGCCUAAUGAAUUACCUGAUUAAACA